UCUACAGGAUCAGAUGGAGGAGUGGAAGAGAGGAACCAACACUCUGGAUAAGGACCAUGCUAAAGAGUACAAGAAAGUUCGGAGUGAGAUCAAGAAGAAGUCGUUAGACACUCUGAAGCUACAGAAGAAGGCAAAGAAAGGGCGAGGAGACGUCCAGCCCCAGCUGAACAGCGCCAUGCAGGACGUCAAUGAUAAAUACCUGCUGCUGGAGGAGACGGAGAAACAGGCCGUCAGGAAGGCCCUCGUCGAGGAGAGGAGCAGGUUGUGUACCUUCGUCUCCAUGCUACGACCUGUCGUGGAUGAGGAGAUCUCCAUGCUAGGAGAGGUCACCCACCUCCAGACCAUAUCUGACGACCUCAAGAUGCUGACCAUGGACCCUCACAAACUGCCCCCCGCCAGCGAACAGGUGAUUCUGGAUCUGAAAGGCUCUGACUAUAACUGGUCCUAUCAGACUCCUCCCUCCUCCCCCAGCACCACUAGGUCCAGGAAGUCCAGUAUGUGCAGCAGUCUGAACAGCGUAAACAGUAGUGACUCUCGCUCCAGCGGCACAUCCCACUCUCACUCCCCUUCCUCCUCCUCCUGCUCCUCCCACUACGGCUACCGUAGCUCCACCCUGCCCCAGCAGGCCGCGGCACGACUGUCCUCCAUGUCCUCCCACGACUCAGGAUUCAUCUCCCAGCCAGACACCUACACCUCCAAGUCACCAUCACCCAUGCCCCAGGAAACACUACCGCAGUUGUCUAACGGGUAUGACCACUACGGGGAUCACCAUCAUUCAGACUCUUCAUACCUGAUGGGAGGGGGCUCAGGCCUGGGGGGGUCCUACCUGAUGGGAGGGGGCUCAGGCCUGGUGGGUUCCUACCCCCUCUUCCCUCCCUCCUCCCAUUCCACCUCCAUCACCUCUUCCUCCUCCUCCUCCUGUCCGUCCCAGUCGUGGUCCAGGCCGGGCUCGGCCCUGCUACCUGACUACCCUCAUUACUGCACCCUGGGGCCUAACAUGGUCCCCACCUCUAAAGUCCCCAGCUGGAAGGACUGGGCUAAACCAGGACCCUAUGACCAGCCCAUGGUGAACACCCUUAGAAGGAGGAAGGACAAGGAUCCUGUACCAGCAGACACCAGCUAUGCCCCACUACCACUGCCUGCUGGUGUCAUCCCAGCACAUGGGGGCAGGAGUCUACCACUGCCUGCUGGAGUCAUCCCAGCACCUGGGGGCAGGAGUCUACCACUGCCUGCUGGUGUCAUCCCAGCACCUGGGGGCAGGAGUCUACCACUGCCUGCUGGAGUCAUCCCAGCACCAGGGAGCAGAGGUCAACCAUUACCUCCACCACCCAAGGUGUGUGAGAUGGAGGCCCAUGAGGAGCUGGCUCUGGCCCUUUCCAGAGGUCUACAGCUGGACUCACACACACAGCGUUCCAGUAGGGACUCUCUACACUGUUCUAGUGGCUACAGUACCCAGAGUACCACCCCGUGCUGUUCAGAGGACACCAUACCUUCACAAGUGUCAGACUACGACUAUUUCUCCAUGGGAGGGGACCAGGAGGUUGACCAGCAGGAGUUUGACAAGUCAUCCACCAUCCCCCGUAACAGUGACAUCAACCAGUCCUACCGUAGGAUGUUCCAGUCCAAGAGACCAGCCUCCACCGCCGGCCUACCUUCUACGGCUGGCUCCGUCAUCAUGACCCCUGGGGUCGCCACCAUCCGCCGCACGCCCUCCACCAAGCCCUCGGCUCGCCGCGGGACCACCGGCCCCAUCCCCAUCCGGACCCCCGUCAUCCCAGUCAAGAUCCCCACCGUGCCUGGCCUAGUUGGGGGAGGAUUCCCUGGGGGGCUGGGGAUUCCUGGAGGACCAGGAGUAGGGGCGGAGGAACCAGAGGAGGCCCAGAGCCCUGAGUCUCCAGCCCAGGGAGAGGAGGGGGAGCUGGGUGUACUUCCCCUGGCGUUCUGGAGUGGUCAAGCAACCACAAACCCUCCCUUGGCCCCUCACCAGCCUAGGGUCCAGUGUCAGGGUGAGGGGGGGUCCCUGGAGGAUGGGGAGGUUAUGGAUGGUCAGGGGGGAAACAUGCUGCUGGUUAUCCAGAGAGGGGUCAAGCUGAAGAGGACCAAUACCAACGAUCGCUCAGCACCGCGCAUCGUAUAAGAGGAGAGCCACCGUGGCACCAUGCAGCAUCAGAGGAGGGCAUCCUACCUAGCUGUACCUAGCUAGCCUACCGCCUGCCCAUUGACAGGACAGACAGGACACAGCUCAUGUCCACUGCGCUAAGGGGGGUCUCCUGUAUACUACUUACCGUCCAGCGGCCUCACUGACAGACGGGACAGAACAGAACUCAGCUCAUGUCCAUUCCAUGUGAUGCUGUGGGUGGUGACAGACAGAGCUCUGCUCGUCGUCUCAGACGGUGCAGAAGGUGGUCUCUUGUUGGACAGACAGUGGAGCAGCUCAGAGUUGUGUUAAUAAUGUUCUCUCUUAGUUCUGAAUGUGUAAAUAAUUAUGCAUGGUAUUUUCUCUUUGUUGCUUCCUGGGGCCCAGUUCUGUUGACUCUAGUCCUCCCACCCCCAUUCCUCCCCACCUCAGUUCUGUUGACUCUAGUCCUCCCACCCCCAUUCCUCCCCACCUCAGUUCUGUUGACUCUAGUCCUCCCACCCCCAUUCCUCCCCUCCUCAGUUCUGUUGACUCUAGUCCUCACACCCCCAUUCCUCCCCUCCUCAGUUCUGUUGACUCUAGUCCUCCCACCCCCAUUCCUCCCCUCCUCAGUUCUAUUGACUCUAGUCCUCCCACCCCCAUUCCUCCCCUCCUCAGUUCUGUUGACUCUAGUCCUCCCCACCUCAGUUCUGUUGACUCUAGUCCUCCCACCCCCAUUCCUCCCCUCCUCAGUUCUGUUGACUCUAGUCCUCCCACCCCCAUUCCUCCCCUCCUCAGUUCUGUUGACUCUAGUCCUCCCACCCCCAU